AUGACGUCUUGUAUGCCUCCUGCGUUGUGGCAGGAGGGCUCGGGUUUGGCUCACGCGGCCUCUAAUGCCCAGCUAGCUCCAAGCAGCAGUGACUGGGAUGCUUCUAGUACCAUAAAUUCUGCAGCACUUACAGGGGGAACCUGCAAAAGCAGCACGAGUGAUGAGGUUUUAACGGUCAUCAAAGCAAAAGCACAGUGGCCUGCCUGGCAACCACUAAAUGUGAGAGCUGCUCCCUCUGCUGAAUUUUCUGUUGAUAGGCAUCGGCACCUGAUGUCCUUCCUCACCAUGCUGGGGCCCAGCCCCGACUGGAAUGUCGGCCUCUCGGCUGAAGACCUCUGUACCAAGGACUGUGGCUGGGUUCAGAAAGUCAUUCAGGAUUUAAUACCAUGGGAUGCCGGCACAGACAGUGGUGUUACCUAUGAGUCUCCCAACAAACCUACAGUUCCUCAAGAGAAGAUCAGACCACUUACGAGCCUAGAUCACCCUCAAAGUCCAUUUUAUGAUCCAGAAGGAGGGUCUAUCAAGCUGGUAGCCAGAGUGGUCAUUGAGAGAAUUGCACGCAAGGGGGAGCAAUGCAAUAUCGUACCUGAUAACAUAGAUGAUAUUGUGGCAGAUCUAGCACCGGAAGAAAAAGAAGAAGAUGACACCCCUGAGACCUGCAUAUAUUCAAACUGGUCUCCAUGGUCAGCCUGCAGCUCUUCUACCUGUGAAAAAGGCAAGAGGAUGAGGCAGAGAAUGCUUAAAGCUCAGCUGGACCUCAGUGUGCCCUGUCCGGAUACCCAAGAUUUUCAGCCAUGCAUGGGUCCAGGCUGCAGUGAUGAAGAUGGUUCCACUUGCAUGAUGUCUGACUGGAUAACAUGGUCCCCCUGUAGUGUUUCCUGUGGAAUGGGGACGCGAUCAAGAGAGAGAUAUGUAAAACAAUUCCCUGAAGAUGGCUCUAUGUGCAAAGUGCCUACCGAAGAGACUGAGAAAUGUAUUGUAAAUGAGGAAUGUUCCCCCAGCAGCUGCCUUGUCACAGAAUGGGGUGAGUGGGAUGAAUGUAGUGCUAGCUGUGGAACGGGCAUGAAAAGACGACACAGAAUGAUUAAGAUGACCCCCGCUGACGGAUCCAUGUGCAAGGCAGAAACUACCGAGGCAGAGAAAUGCAUGAUGCCUGAAUGCCAUACUAUUCCCUGUCUACUUUCUCCUUGGUCUGAAUGGAGUGACUGUAGUGUAACAUGUGGGAAGGGAACGCGAACCCGGCAAAGAAUGCUGAAAUCAGCUGCUGAGCUUGGGGACUGCAAUGAGGAACUGGAACAAGUAGAAAAAUGCAUGUUACCCGAAUGCCCCAUUGACUGUGAACUAACAGAGUGGUCCCAGUGGUCAGAAUGCAAUACGUCAUGUGGAAAGGGCCAUAUGAUCAGGACAAGAAUGAUUAAAAUGGAGCCACAGUUUGGAGGAACAGCAUGCCCAGAAACUGUCCAACGUACAAAGUGUCGAGUAAGGAAAUGCCUGAGAGGCCCAGGUAUGGAAAAAAGGCGCUGGAAAGAGGCCCGGGAGAAAAGGAGAAGUGAACAAGCAAAAAAAAAUAUAGAUAGUGAGCAAUACCCAGUUUGUAGACUGAAACCAUGGACUGCUUGGACAGAAUGUUCUACACUGUGUGGAGGUGGAAUUCAAGAACGUUACAUGAUAGUAAAGAAGAGGUCCAAAACCACUCAGUUUACUAGCUGCAGAGACAAAAAGGAGCUAAGGGCAUGUAAUGUUCAUCCUUGUUAGCAAAAGAGGAGGCUUCCAAGUGAUGCACUCUGAGCUAAAUGGAAAGUCAACCUUGGUCUGGUUUUUAAAACAAAAAAAUUAUAUAAAGUGUAUAUUAGAUUUCAUUUUUGCAGUGUGGUUUGCUUUUUAGUCUUGCUGGUGCAAGAAAUGUAUUUUAUAAAUAUUUCCUCACAGAUUUAUGCUGAGAGUAAAUCUUUGAUACUCCAGCUAGCCCUUAAUGCAUAAAAAUAGUAAGUCAUUGUGAAUCAUUUAACUGAAAUACAGAUAUACCUGUGGACAUGGAAUAGCCAUAUAGAAAUACUACUUGUAAAGACACGGGACGCAUGCAUAUUAACACAACUAAGUUAAAGUGACAUGUUUCAUAUGUGGAAGGGUUGCUCUCUUGAUUUGAUUUCAAAAAUCCAAAGCAGUGCCUAUGUGAUUACAUAACUAUGCCAAGGAAUAAUUUCAGUAAUGCUGGUUCAAUAAUUUUAAAGGUGCAUAUUUAUCUUUUCACACUACUGAUAGUUAUAAUAAUUAUCCUAUAUACUUUUCUUCACAUGGAUGUUAUUGUCCAUGCAAAAAUGAUCUUGUUUCUUUAAGAUUUAAAAAGGAAAUAAUUCGUGCAGCUUAGUAAUGAUGUCUGCCCACUGUAUAGUCAUAGUCAAAACAGCACACAAAGAAAACAUGUGAAUGUCUUUCUUUAGAUAUUUAGAUGCCAUAUUCUUAUAUUUAGUCCAUCCACUCCCUCUCAAAAUGGAUACAGAACUAAUAAAAUUAGUCCAAACACAGUCAGCUGCAAUAGUUGUGUCAUGGAAAGACUUCCCCAUGGGAGAGAGUAAAAAUUAGGUUUCGUUUAAUCACAGGUAAAGAGAGUCGAGGUUUAUAAAAUAAUAAUAAAAAAUAGUAGAGAGAAGGUGAGCCAAGGUCUCAUGCAGCCCUUCUAUCAAAGGGAAGGGAGUCUCUGAAAUGAAACAAGGACAGACUCUUAAAAUAGUAAUUACAGAUUGUCACAAGAAUAUAUUUAUGGCAGUAAGUUAAGUGUCAUUUAUGUUUUUUUUAUAUUGGAGUUUAGGAAGAUCUAAAAAUUACUAAAUUUGUGAGAAUGCAGGACUGUAGUCUAUAGAUAGAGUAGCCAGGAUAAAUGUCUUUCUUCCCUGAUCACCUUGGCUAUUAACAAACUGCCUGAGAUUAGAAAAUAGCACCUUAUCAGUUCUAACUGCUUUUGCUAUUUUAUACCUGUUCUGCAGAAUUUAGCUCUCAUCCCUACUGGUGUUCAGGUAUAGGACUAGAGAGACCUUGGGCCUCACAUGGUAUUGAAAUAUAAAGAUGCCUUGUAAGUUUAAAAAUUUAACAUUUGAGAUGAGAGAUAAAGGAGAUGAAUUAUCUUUCUUUUUUUUUUUUUUUGUCCAGUAAAGACAGCAUACACACUAUUAUUGCUACGUAAAUAAUAACAGUGCACUGAAAAUAAAGACUGUUGAUGAAAACACUUAAAAAAAGUUUGAGAGAAAUGAAUGGAAAAAAUUAUAGUCUCUUUAAACCAGCCUUAAAUAAUUUAUUCACAUCUGUAACACUUGUUCACAGUCCUCAUAACCUGACACCCAGGUUUUAAGUGUCCGCAUUGCAUUUGAACCACAAGCCAGUUAGUGAGGCUAUUCAACUUUUAUUAUCACUACUCUGGGAAUCCUCUCAUUACUUCCCCGUAUCUAGCUGGUACAGAGUCACUGGCUGGUUGCAAUACACUGUAGGGCUCUUCAUCAUCAUUUUUCCACCGAACACUGCAAGAGCUGCUCAGGAAUUCCACAGCUGUCGCAUCCCACCCCCUCACAGGUUUUUAACAGCUUUUUUUUUGUUUUUUUUGUUUUUUUUUUUAAAGACCUGGAGUGAGGGUAGGCCAGUGAAAUGAUGGAACCAACUGCAGUGCUUAGCCUUGCCCACUGCUGCUAAGUGAAAUGGGUGCAAGCCCAUAGUGAACCAAACUGGGGGGCGGGGUGGGGGGGCGGGGGAAGGUUUAAUGCUAAAACCAAACACUUCUUUACAUUUUGCACAGCUUGGUUCUUGUAAUAAUAGUAAUAUUUCAGAUAGCUUACCUCUUUGUGCUUGUUGAAAAUAAAUUCUGCAGUGUGUCUCUGUAGCACUGUCAUUACAGUGCACCAACUAGACUGCUGUCCCUAAUUAAUAUAUUUAUGAUCUUACCUUGCACAUCACCAUUUUUUUUGACCAAAAAAAAAAAAAAGUUAAGUGGAAUGAGACGACGAUACAGAUACUGGCACAAUGACCAGCCAAGCACAUCAGGUGAAGAAACGGUUGCAGAGAAAGUGUCUACAGAGAUUAAUGCCAGGCACACAGCUAGGGCAGUGCUCCACAUGCAAAACAAAAUCCACCAACGGUCUCUGUGGCGCCUCUCUUGUCCAGUCUGACAGAGGUAUACCAGCUGAGGGUAGUCAUUUAAAAAAAAAAAAAAAGCUUAGGCUAUGAAUCUGUGACAGACUAUAAGAGCUUGGGUGGGGAAGGAAGUGGAAGAAGCAAGUAUCUCUUGAAUGGAGAAAAAAAAAAAAAAACGCUGUGACUUUAGGAACUGUAUUUUAUCAUUGCCUCAACCCUUACCGCACUGUUCAUGUUGAUCCUGCAAGACCAUGCCCGCUUCUUUAAAUAACCAAUUACAGUACUAAGUUAGCUUCAGUUUUCAUGUGUGUUCCAGUUCAUCGAGUUCUUUUGUCUUUUUAAUUACUCCCUUUGCCAAAGUCUACAUAAUUUAAAUAAGUACUUUAGGUAUGGUAUGAAAUAUGUAACAUUUUUUUUUUUUGAACGUGCCCACAAAAAUGUCCAUUAAAAAUCUGGUAUUCCUUUCACUGUGGUUCUUACCCAAUUGACUCUCCAUAUACUUUAUUUUCUCUUAGUUAGGAGGCUGCUCAGUGUGAUUUCCAGUCAUUUCUCUUAGGCUCAUUAAAGUUAUGAAUGUUGUUGGGGUUUUUUUUUCCUCUUUGUUAAUUAAUUAAUACAUGCAAUGACAAAGUAGAUUGCACUUGUUCAGAAAUGUGUGAUCAUUCCUGCCUAAGUUCAGCUUUUUACAGUUUUUCUGUUGAAACAUUUUACAAGUCACUUGUCUUUCUUCCAACUUGACACAAAAAAAAAUUUAAGCUUGUUACAUUUUGUAAAAAAAAACCAAACAAAAACAAAUGAAGAAAAAAAGAGAUUCAUUUUCUAUUCAGAAAAAAAAGCUCUGAUAUACAACAUGUAGGUUGCAUUGUUGCUUUAAAUUUUCUAGUAGUGUAAUAGCCACUGAUUAUCAAUCAAUAAAAAUGCGAACUGUUAUCUCUAAAUAAUAUCUCAUAAAUAAUACUGCUGAACUGAAAGCACAGAUAUCACUCCAGUUUUGUAGACCUCAAAUAUCAGAUUUUAGCAUUGUGUGUAUGUUUUUUUUUAACAUAUGAACUGUAGAAACUUUACACAUAAUAAAAAAAAAGAAAAGUUAGGGGCUUAAUAAAUGUACAGUAGGAUUCUGUAUGUGCAGCAUACAAGUUACAACAAAAUUUUCUUCGAUUCCAUUUUUAGAUUUCCUUUGUUGUUUUUGUUUGCUGUGGAAUUAUGAAAAAGCUACCAUGAAUACUUCUUACCAAAGUCUUGUGUAGAUGUUUUGUAGCUGUCUGGCUAACACAUUAUUAUUUUGGAAUAAAGACAUCUUUACUAUGAAAUUUA